AUGCUAAUAGAUGAAUAUCAUGAAACAUCAACCAUUCAAUUUUAUAAUAAAGUAUCACAAACACGUAAACGACGUAAAACACGUACAACAUUUUCUAAUGGACAAUUGAAUGAAUUAGAAAAUAAUUUCAAUCGUCAACGUUAUUUAACACCGACAGAUCGUGAUCGUAUUGCUAAAUAUUUAGGAUUAACUAAUACACAGGUCAUCACAUGGUUUCAAAAUCGUCGAGCUAAAUUAAAAAGAGAAGCAGAAGAACUUGAACGUGAUGUAAUGGCAUUAAGGAAACAGAAACAACAAAAAUUCACUUAUCUUUCAUUAACUGAUCAUGAUCAUGACGAAGCUGGAAUCGAUGAUGAACAAGAACAAGAGGAUGUGGAAGUCCACGAAGAUGUAAGGAAAGAGCCGAACGUAGAAGAAGUAGGUGCUGGUGGUGAAGAAAAUCCACAUACAAAUCAACAUACAAACUAUUUAACACCAUCAUCUUCAACUAGAUCACAUAUAAUGAUACCUUCUUCUUCUUCUUCUUCAUUAGAAAAUUUCUCCUCUUCACUAUUGAACACAAAAUUCACAGACAAUACACAUGAAACAUUGAAUAUGAAUAUGAAUAAUGCAUUAUUGAUCACGAAAUCAUUGAAUCCAUUCACUCAUGAAUCCAUCAUCAAUCAUCAUGUACAGUAUGAGAACUAUGCAAAAAAUAAUUCAAAACAAUUUACCUUAUUAAAUCCUAUUACUAAUAAUCUUAAUCAUAAUCAUAAUCAUAGUAAUCAUGUUAAAAAGUCUAGUAGUAUUGAUGAUGAAAGCCAUAAAGGCAAAACUUUUAAGAAAACAAAUAAAAUAUGGUGUCCUGCUUUAGAAUUGGAACAAGAAAUUCAUUAG